GUUUACUAAAGAGCUUCAAUCUCAAGCUCGCCUCUUCCAUAACCCAAUCAACAUUAUUGAACACAAUCGCCACAACCACCUUCUUCCCUAUUUUCUCGAGUCCUUUGGCGUUUAUUUUACGCAGAUACAAUACCCCGUACAUUUUCAUUUCAUCUAUUGUAAUUGUCUUCGCGAGGGCGCAAACACUUCAAAAUGGACCGGUUGAACAGAAUGCUUGCCGGUGCUAGCGGCAUGGGACUUGGUGGUACUGCUCCGGGCACGGAUAACCAAAACCUGAUCGACAACUCCGAGACAGUCUACAUAUCCUCCCUCGCCUUGUUAAAGAUGUUACGGCACGGACGAGCAGGUGUUCCUAUGGAAGUCAUGGGCCUUAUGCUAGGAGAGUUCGUCGAUGACUUCACCGUACGAGUUGUGGAUGUCUUCGCUAUGCCCCAAAGUGGUACCGGUGUCAGUGUCGAGGCUGUCGACCCGGUAUUUCAACAGAAGAUGAUGGACAUGUUGACACAAACGGGACGACCCGAAUCGGUCGUCGGAUGGUACCACUCUCACCCUGGUUUCGGAUGCUGGCUCUCGUCGGUUGAUAUCAACACCCAACAGAGUUUCGAGCAACUUACACCGAGAGCUGUCGCCGUUGUCGUCGACCCUAUACAAUCAGUCAAGGGAAAGGUCGUCAUUGAUGCAUUCCGUCUCAUCAACCCCCAGUCACUUAUGCUCGGUCAAGAGCCGCGACAGAGUACCUCCAACUUGGGUCACUUGAAUAAACCAUCUAUCCAGGCGCUUAUACACGGACUUAACCGACACUACUAUUCGAUUGGAAUCAACUACAGAAAGACCGCCCUCGAAGAGAACAUGCUCAUGAACCUACACAAACACGUAUGGACCGAGGCACUACAGAUGGAGGACUUUAGACACGAAGGCGAGCACAACAAAGAGCGUUUCCAGAGAUUAGUUACGUUGGCAGAGGGCUACGAGAAGAGAGUAAAGGAGGAGACGGAGUUGACAAAGGACCAGCUCAAGACCCGUUACGUUGGAAAGCUCGACCCCAAGAAGCAUUUGGAGGAUGUUGGUCAGCAACUCAUCGAGGACAACAUUGUCUCGGUGUCGAGGCAGAUGAUCGACAAGGAAGCGACAAUGCCGAAAAAGGAGGCAGCUGCUAAUGGCCAAGCUAAUGGCGACCGAAUGGAUGAAGAUGAGGAGUUGUAGAGCCGCAUUUCUCGACCCCCGUUAAUUCGGUUUGAGAAAUAUGAGAAAUUGGUCAUCCGAAGUGUAUCAUAGGCGUUGGAAGGACUAGCUGACCCGGUUUAGACAGCUCAGCAAUGGAUGGUUUGCUUUGCGACUUCGUCUUGCCCCACGUGUUUAUCGAAUAUGAUUUGCCAGGGGGAUAUUCAUGCAUACCAAUACCAUCACAUUUUCCGUUGACUCUAUCCUUUUUAUCUCUUUUAAUACGAUGGGGGCACAUCAGCAUAUGUGGCCGCUUUACUGACUUUGUCAUCUACUGCUGACUUUUCGUCAUAGGUCGGAAGAGCCUUGUUCCCGCCAGACAAUAACAUUCAAUUUCACAAAGAUGUUGUUUUAUUACUCAACGAAAGUACACACUCAGUGGUUU